UUGGAUUUGACGUAGUUUGUGUUUUUAUUUUAAUUUCUUUAAAAUACUUUAAAUCGUUGGUCGUAAUAUCCUAAAAUAAGAAAUGUUUAUUUUAUGUAUCGAGCGUUUACAAUCUGCACAUUAAAACGCAGAGUCAUACGCCGAUAAUUCUGUCUGUUCUGUAAAUAUUAACGCAUUUGCUAAUUUUUCUUUUGUGUUAUUCCGAAACCAAAUGUUAUUAAUUUACUACAAAGGAGCAUAAAAAUGGCCUUAAAGGAUAUUGUUGAUGAAUUGUACACCUUUAGGGAUCAUUACUUUGAACAUCAUGAAACAGCAUCUGAAGAUCAAAAGAUAAAAGAUUUAUCUGAAGAAUUAAAUAAAACUUUAAAAAACUUCAAUGAACAAAAAGAUGAGCAUGAAGGUGCCAAAAAAGCUGAGUAUGAUUUAUUAAAAGCUAAAGCUUUGAACAUUCUACCAGAUUUUAAUCCAGAAGCCCUUGAAAUUUUAACCAAACUUGUUAAGUUUCAUCCUAAACUAAUAGAAGCAUGGAAUGAACUUGGUACAUGUUUUUGGAAGAAAGGUGACAUGAAAGCUGCAAAGAGCUGUUUUGAAAGUGCAUUAAGAGAAGAAAAAAAUGUUGAAUCUCUUCGAAAUUUGUCUAUGAUUCUACGGCAGAUGGGGCAGUCUCCCGAAGACAAAUUGGCAAAAAUACAUGAAAGUCUUGAAAAGGCAAAGGAAGCUGUAAACCUUAACAUUCAGGAUGGAAAAUCAUGGUAUAUACUUGGAAAUGCUUACUUGAGCUUAUAUUUCACUACUGAUCAGAAUCCAAAUUUGUUGAAACAAUGCCUGUCUGCUUACAACCAUUCUUUUUCUGAUGCUUCUAUGAAGUGUAAUCCUGAUCUUUAUUACAAUUGGGCAAUGGCUCUGAAGUAUGAUGAAAAUUAUCGACUGGCUUUGGAAAAUUUUGAGAAAGCCUUAAAAUAUGAUCCAUUUUGGAAUGAUCCAAAGGAACAAUUGGACAUGUUAAUGAAGCAUUUAGAAAAUAUUCAGCUUAUGAUUAGCAAAAAGGGCAAGAUGAAGCCUCGCAAAAUAAAAGAAAUUUUGAGCUCACUUCAGAAAGAACUAGCUGCUUCAAGUGCUAAUGAGACUUUUACUGAUAAAAAGGGCCAAAAAAUUGUGUUAGAAAGAUCUAAGUUUUCAGGUCUUAAAGAAGGACUUAAUGCUAAUAAAAUACUUAGAGGGAAGGUUAUCUGUCAUGUUUAUUGUACAGAUUCACCAUCAUUUACUUUCUGUAUGAUUGAUGAAGAAGAGACUUGCUUUUGCGUGAAUGUAUAUAACAUGGUCCAGGGAAAAGGGGUUAUUAUUGGUGAUAGUGUUGCUAUAUAUCAGCCAUUCCUUCAGCAUUUUAAUUUCACUUUUCAAGAUAAGACAUUUGCAUUUUCAUCUAUUCGUGUAAAUAGUCCAUUGCAAUUAGAAGUAAACAAGAAAAAGCUGGGACAAGAAGUGAUUGCUGCUCCACGUUUAUCUGUUACCUUGAAGAGUGACUAACUAUUUUUUUUAGCUUUAUACAUUUGCAUAUUUUUUUAUUUUUUUCUAAUAAAAUAAUUUUUACAUCUAA